UUUGCAAAGUUUCGCACCGAGAGUCCUAUUUUUCCAAAUUUCCCGCCUCUAAGUGGUAUCUCUAUCGUCGGAGGGUUUUGAGGGAUUUUGGGUGUUGAUUCCGAUGGCAAUCUACCGACGACGAAUUGGCGGCGAAACAAACGCAUUGCGGGCGGCGGCGAGCCAACACCACUGCUCUACAGCGAUUCUGAUCGGACCAAUUGGCGGUUGAUUGGUUACGAAAGCAAGGAAAAUAUCCACAACGUAGAUUCAAGGAACCCCUUUCUGAUCUCAAUUGCGCAUGUCGUUGCAUAGCUUCAAGGAGACCCUCAGGCCCUGCCCUAACCUCUCCUCCGCCGACGUUCUUUCUUCAUCUUCGUCUUCCCAACCUUCAAUUUCCCACCAGUUUGACCUCCCCACAAACCCUAGAAAACCCCCCAAAUCUUCCCUCUCUCAGCAGCUUCUGCGCCUCCAGGACCCCGUUUUUGUGCCCCAACUCGAAUCGCAGAGUCAGCGAAAUCACACCCAAGUCGAGGAUGAGGACGAAGAUGGAGUUGACGAAAGGAAAGAAGGGUUUGGGAGACCUAAGUUGGAUUCUUUCCAGUUUGAUCACACGGGACCUUUUGAACCGCUGGUUCUAUCCGCGCCUGGUGAAGCCCCUGUAGUUCAGGUUCCUGCAUCUGUAAACUGUAGGCUUUUGGAGCAUCAACGAGCAGGAGUGAAGUUUUUGUACAACUUGUACAAGAACAACCAUGGAGGUGUUCUUGGGGAUGAUAUGGGUCUGGGGAAGACCAUUCAAACAAUUGCUUUCCUGGCAGCUGUUUUUGGAAAAGAUGGAGAUCCUGGCGACUGCAAUUCACUAACAGGAAAUCAGUUUGGCAAGAAGGGCCCUGUACUAAUAAUUUGUCCUACUUCUGUUAUUCAUAACUGGGAGAGUGAAUUCUCUAAGUGGGCAACAUUUAGUGUUGCUAUCUACCAUGGUUCAAACCGUGACCUGACUCUUGAGAAGCUAGCAGCACAUGGUACUGAGAUACUUAUAACCAGUUUUGACACUUAUAGAAUACAUGGCAACAUUUUGUCAGAGGUUGAAUGGGAAAUUGUAAUUGUUGAUGAGGCACACCGGCUUAAGAAUGAAAAAUCAAAACUUUACACAGCAUGUUUACAAAUUAAAACAAGGAAACGAUAUGGGCUCACAGGAACCAUAAUGCAGAACAAAAUUAUGGAGCUGUUCAAUCUCUUUGACUGGGUUGUGCCUGGAUGCUUGGGAACACGAGAACAUUUUCGAGAUUUUUAUGAUGAACCCCUCAAGCAUGGCCAGAGGGCAACUGCUCCUGAACGAUUUGUCCGGGUUGCUGAUGAGCGAAAGCAGCACUUAGUAGCAGUUCUGCGUAAGUAUCUCUUAAGAAGGACAAAAGAGGAGACAAUUGGACAUCUUAUGAUGGGCAAGGAAGAUAAUGUUGUAUUUUGUGCCAUGAGUGAGCUGCAAAAACGAGCGUAUACAAGGACGUUACAGCUACCUGAUAUCCAAUGCCUUAUAAAUAAGGACCUCCCAUGUGGCUGUGGAAGUCCCCUUACCCAGGUAGAAUGUUGCAAAAGGACUGUACCUGAUGGAAUCAUCUGGCCUUACCUUCACAGGGACAACCCUGAUGGCUGUGAUUCAUGCCCAUUUUGCCUUGUUCUCCCUUGCCUUGUCAAGCUUCAACAGAUCAGCAAUCACCUGGAGUUAAUUAAACCCAAUCCCAAGGAUGACCCUGAUAAACAAAGGAAAGAUGCGGAGUUUGCAUCUGCAGUUUAUGGUACUGAUGUUGAUUUGGUGGAUGGCCAAGCCCAGACUGAGAGUUUUAUGGGCCUGAGUGAUGUCAAACAUUGUGGGAAAAUGAGAGCAUUGGAGAAAUUGAUGUUUUCUUGGAUUUCCAAGGGCGACAAGAUUCUUCUCUUCAGUUAUUCUGUCAGGAUGCUAGAGAUUCUGGAAAAGUUUCUUAUACGCAAAGGCUAUUGUUUCUCAAGACUUGAUGGUUCCACUCCAACCGGCAUGCGUCAAUCUCUUGUUGAUGACUUCAAUUCAAGUCCCAGCAAACAGGUGUUCAUAAUAUCAACUCGAGCUGGUGGGCUUGGAAUAAAUCUUGUUAGUGCAAACCGAGUGGUAAUAUUUGAUCCAAACUGGAAUCCAGCACAGGACUUACAAGCCCAGGACAGGUCAUUUCGCUUUGGGCAGAAGCGACAUGUUGUGGUUUUCCGCCUUCUUGCUGCUGGGUCUCUCGAGGAACUUAUUUAUACCCGGCAGGUCUACAAACAACAGCUAUCCAACAUUGCUGUUUCUGGGAAAAUGGAGAAACGAUAUUUUGAAGGUGUCCAGGAUUGCAAGGAAUUCCAAGGCGAACUUUUUGGGAUCUGCAACCUAUUUCGUGAUCUGUCUGACAAGCUCUUUACUAGUGAUAUCAUAGAAUUACAUGAAAAACAAGCACAGGAAGAUCGCAUUCAUCGUAUUCGAAAGCAGGAUUUACCUGAGCUUGGGAUGUAUUUUGUUCCAUCUGAAGAAGAAAAUAAAAAAAUGUCAUCUAGGACAGAAGCAAGUAAAUCUAAAGAUACGAUGAGGUCUUCGACAACCAAACCAGUGCUAGCCGACUUAGGUAUUGUGUAUGCUCAUCGUAAUGAAGAUAUUGUCAACAAUGGGCCUGGGACUCAAGGGAAGGAAGAAGCUGGAAUAGCCCUAGACAAUGACACCAAGCAGGCAUGCUUUCCAGGCAAGGGAAGGAGGAAACUGGAUGCCAUAGGUGGCAAGGAAAAUGCUUCUUCGGCUAAGUUGCGAAAAAAGAGCCAAUACAGCCUCCUUGCACAAUUCACAAACAUGGGAGACGUCGAGUUCAGCCGGUGGCUCCUGUCUGCAACGCCUGCCCAGCGCGAGAAAGUGCUUCAAGAUUACAAGAAAAGAAAGGAGAAGAGGCCUGAUGGUUGAAGGAUAU